AUGGUUAUUCUCUCUCAUAUUGAAGAUGGAGCUUCAUCUUCUUCACCAGUUGAUGGUCAUAAGUAUGACGUAUUUGUUAGCUUUAGAGGUGCCGACACUCGUUAUAGUUUCUCUGAUCACCUUAAUCAUGCCCUCGUUGAUUCCAAUAUCACUACCUUUUUUUAUGAUGAAGAGGUUCAAAGAGGGGUAGAUCUUUACCCAGAGAUCAUGAGUGCAAUUAAAGGAUCUAAGGCUUCUCUUAUUGUGUUGUCGAAGAAUUAUGCUAAAUCUGUAUGGUGUCUUGACGAAUUGGUGCAGAUCCUUGAGCAACAUAUGACAUCCAACCAUAUUGUUGUUCCCAUCUUUUAUCAUGUCGAGCCCAUCCAUGUCAAGAAUCUACAAAGUGGCUUCGGAGAUGCGAUGGGUUCACAUGGACAAAGGAUGGAGGCGAACACCACUGUAAAUGAACAAAUUCAAUGGGCUCAAAAUAUAGGCCUAUGGAAAAAAGCGCUUGCACAAGUGGCCGAUUUAAAAGGGAUGCACAUAAAUGGCAGCAGGUAA